AUGGGCCAAACGGACAUCUCGGCUCGAGAUGCCAGAAUAGUUGCGAACCACAGUCAACCGUUUUUAUGCAUUUUUCAGUAUUUAGUAUUUAAAUCUUUCACUUUUUUAAGCGCUGGUUUUUUAGCUCCAAGAGAACUGGCGCAGACUGCUUAUUUCUUCGCCACUGACAGUCUGCACCUGUCGACGUUUUGCCUCCGCUACCGGCCCGCCGUGGUGGCCUGCAUUUGCAUUCACUUAGCCUGCAGUUGGGCUAAGUGGGAGCCGACAACGUUUGCGCAGUGCGAUUUUGAUCGCGGUAGCGGUAGCCCACGCUUCGGCUUUCUCGGAGACAAUCGCAGCGUUGACUUUCAGUCGCCUCAGUGUUGCAGCCCCAUGCCGUGGAAAGUGCCAGGUUGCGCGGAGAUGGAGACGAUUCCGAUGUCUCAAGAAGGUAAGCCGUGGUACUCCUACGUCGACAGCUCGCUCACUAAAAAGACGCUGGAAGCGCUUGCCCACGAAUUCGCGUGCAUAUGCGAAAAGGCCCCUGAACGUUGGAAACUGCGGCGCCUUGGCACCCGGAAAGAGCCGAUGAUGACUGCUCCACUGCCCUCAUCGUCCUAUAUUUUGCAGAACAGGUCAAACGAUGCGGUCGUCUUAUCUUCGAAAGAGGAAGUUUCGAAACCGGUUAAAGGAGAGCAGCCUCUUCAUGAAAGAAGCGGCAUAUUGUUGUCCAGCACGAACAAAAAUUUGGACCGUCUUCCUGAAGGGAUUGUUAAACAUGAACCGAUAGCGUCCACCGCUGACGCUGCUUCGCCAAGGAAGCCAAAGUCUGAGUCACCAAAUAUCAUUGACUUAAAGUGUUACAAGGAGAGACGUGAGAAAGAACUGGCAGCGGCUAGCAAGGCUAGUGCCGACGGUAACGAGCCAGUAACUCACCGCAAGAGCUUCAUUCCCGAUAUAUCCUUGAAAUCUGAAUUGUUCACGGAGUUCGGUAGGAUCGACGCAUUUGAUCCACACUCGUAUAGCCACGCGUCGUCGCACCGAGUGCCACCCGCCCACUCGACGUCUCAUUCUUCUUCUCAGCAGAUGACAGUUGGCGACAUAUCACGUAAGCGGUCCUUUACUACGAUGGUAGCGGCGGCUUCGACAUCUACCGCUAAUUCGGUCGUUGGUUCGUCAUCCAGCGCAUCUCGGCCAAAAGUACGCAAGGAGGAGAGUACCCACUUCAGCGGUGGUGGCAGCGGGGACAGCAAUAAAAACACUGUCCAUCGGCUAAAACUGUCAUUGAAACCUGUUUUAGUAGACAGUCAAAAGAAUUCAUCGCCAUCGUUGAAACCGUUGUUGGUUAGUCAGACCCAAGCCAGCAGCAGUCACGGCAAGAUACAUACCUCUCUCCCUACUACGUUGUCCGCGUCGAGCCAUCACGGCGCAAGCGCGAAGCAUGACCUUCCUUUGAGCAGCACCGGUACCCAUUCUCAGUCCGCCAACAGCGUCGGUGCGGUUGCGGCUGAUUUGGCGAAAAAGGCCAUCGAUAGAUCAGGCCAUUCCAGAAGUGGUCGAUCAUCGUCAACGUCUGAUCGACAUUCCCGGCCGCCUGACGGCGCGUCGUAUUCCGGCAGAUCAUCUGCGAUCGGCUCUUCUGCUGAGAAACACAAGGUUAAAACAAGUACUGCAUUACCGGAAUUGGGUCGCAAGGAUAGCCGUAAAUCUUUCAAUUUUCUCACUUUUAACGAGGAGCAGUUGAAGCGAGCUCUGUCGAAAGCGCUGAGUAUGCAAAAGACGCAGUCCGUUCAACCACCAAGUACGUCUCACCCAUCGCCACUACCCCAUCCACAGGAAGGAAACCCGACCAUGACCGGAAACCCUUUGCAACCGCCCUUGCCGCCGGAUAUUUUGCUACCUCCUCCGCCGCCUCCGUCGCGCAGUCUCGUUGAGGACAAACGGACAAAGAAGGACACAGAACGCGCUGUGUGCGUUUUUCUCGUCGUUGCCUCUUCGAACUCGUUCAGCAUUGAGUUUGCCAAGCAUAUGUUGGUGGGUAGCGUCUUGAAGAACACGCUGUGA